CGGGGAGGCCUGGAUUAAAGGCGGCGCUGGGCUGGCGAGAUUGAGGUCCCGGAUUAUCGCUCCAGGUGCUCCUCGCGAGGGUCCCGGGUGCGGCUGGCUGCCGCGCCCCGCCCAGCUCUGUCCCCGCAGCCUCUCGGGCUGCCGGGCUUUGUGGUUCGCCCGUGCAGCUGGGCCCCUGCUGGGGGUGUCGUUACGAGCAUGUGCAGACAGCAGCCCAAGCCUUCAGGAUAAUUCCUUCAGCAGCACCGCUGUAACAGAGUGUGACGAAGACACAGUCUCUCUGCAUGAAGAUCAGACUGAUUUCUCCAGUCUCAGAGAUGAAGACAAUAAAGAAAAUUACCCCGACGCCAGGCCUCCGCUAGAGGAGCCCGCGCCUCCGCCCAGUGAGCCGCAGCAUGUAGAGCAGCCCCCACGGCUGGACGUGCUGCGCUCCACCAUGGGCAACUUCAAGUCGCGGAAACCCAAGUCCAUCUUCAAGGCGGAGAACGGGAGGAGCCACGGAGAGAGUCAGGAGACAGAACAUGUGGUAUCCAGCCAGUCGGAGUGUCAAGGGAGACCAGGAACAGCAGCUCAGAAGAGUACACACAACCCCACCUCCAGGUGCCAGGAAACUGUGCGAGUUCAACCAAGAAUAGAACAAAGGGCUGCCGUUUGGCCAAAGGAAGAAACUCAGCAGGACUUCCAUGAGGAAGAAGCUGCGCAGGUGCACGGAGUCAAGGACCCAGCCCCAGUGUCCACCCAGAGUGUGCCUGCUGAAGGGGCAGGGGCCGCAGACCCUGCGCCCGUGCACAGAGAUGGGCAGAAUGAAGUGGACAGCGCACCAGAAGACGUGCUCUCUGUUGAGACUAGCAGGCUGCUCUGUCACAUCACCGACGGCGACAACCCCCUGCUGUCACCACGAUGCUCCAUCUUCAGCCAAAGCCAGAGAUUCAACCUAGACCCCGAAUCAGCCCCUUCUCCACCCAGCACUCAGCAGUUUAUGAUGCUCCGCAGUUCUUCCCGGUGCAGCUGUGGUGAUGGCAAGGAGCCGCAGACCAUUACCCAGCUCACCAAGCACAUCCAGAGCCUCAAGCGGAAAAUUAGGAAAUUUGAAGAAAAAUUUGAACAAGAAAAGAAGUACCGGCCUUCCCAUGGUGACAAGACAUCUAAUCCUGAAGUCCUGAAAUGGAUGAAUGAUUUGGCUAAAGGUCGUAAACAGCUCAAAGAACUAAAGCUGAAGCUGUCGGAAGAGCAAGGGAGUGCUCCCAAAGGCCCACCUAGAACCCCGCCCUGUGAGCAACCCACAGUCCCCAGAGAGAAUGGGAAGCCGGAGGCCGUGGGCCCUGAGCCGAGCUCCUCUGGAGAGGAGACUCCAGAUGCUGUGCUGAGCUGCCUGAAGGAGAAGAGAGAGCAGCUUCCUCCCCCGGAAGACCGUAAGGGUUCUCAUCGGGGAUUUGGAGGGCAGAGUCAGGACCCUGAGGUAACGAAGCAAGACAAGAACCUCAUAAAGCCUCUUUAUGACCGAUACAGAAUUAUCAAGCAAAUCUUGUCCACACCUUCCCUUAUUCCAACAAUUCAGGAGGAAGAAGACUCUGAUGAAGACUGUCCACAGGGAAGUCAGCAGCCUUCUUUGCCAAAUCCAGCAUCUCACUCUCCUACUGGCGAUCACCUCGCACACUCUAAUGAGACUGAGCCUGUGAGGCUCCUGCUCCCCGACGAAAAGAAGGAAGUCAAACCGCCAGCACUCUCCAUGUCCAAUUUACACGAGGCCACCAUGCCUGUACUUCUUGACCAUCUCCGAGAAACUAGGGCUGAUAAGAAGAGACUCCGGAAAGCCUUGAGAGAAUUUGAGGAACAGUUUUUUAAACAAACAGGAAGAAGUCCACAAAAGGAAGAUCGGAUACCAAUGGCAGAUGAGUACUAUGAAUACAAGCAUAUAAAAGCCAAACUGAGACUAUUAGAGGUCCUCAUCAGCAAGCAAGAUGUGGCCAAAACUAUUUGAGGUUCAGGAAAUGUUUGUGGUCACUUUCACCUGCAAUAAGGCAAGUUUAUUUUCCUCUGCCGUUCUUGCUAAGUAGUAUGACAACUGAAAACUGAAGCACUUUAGUGGUAGUAUUAGCUGUUGUUAAGAAUGGAUGGCAAGUGUAAUUAUAAAUGCAUAGAAGGGAUUAAAAUUGGAGAAAAUACAGUAAGUAACAUAUAAUUGGAAAAUAAAAUUCAGCCUUCUCCAUGCCAAGGAGAAAAUGCAGAGUCAGUAUAAUUACUUCAGAAAACAUCUAUUUUAUCAAAUCUAAGUAAUACAAAGCGUCUACCUGUUAAAUGGACCACUGGUUAGAGAAAGUCUACUUAAUGUCCAAAGACUGCUUAUACUGACAUAUGAAAAAGAGCAUGAUUUUUAAAAAUCAAUAAGAAGAACAAAAGAAACUCAUUUUACGUAAAAAGGGAUACAGUUAGUAAGAAUGUAAUUUAUUUGAAACUUCUAAUAGAUUUUUAAGUGAUAAAAAAUCUACUUCCU